AUGAUGGCCUCUGUAUGGCGUACUUCUGUGCGCAAAUUUUCAACAUCGAGAUUCUGCUUGUCAAACAUCGGAAGGAAGCCAAUCAAAGUUAGUGACGGUGUAUCUUACUCAAUCGAAUCGAUUCCCAUUGAAUUUUGCAAAUCCUUCAGAAAGAAAAAUAAACGAUUUGUUCUUGAUAGACAGGUUGUAGUCAAGGGUCCACUUGGCGCACUUAGAACGGAAAUACCAAAGUUUAUCCACAUUCAUAACCCACAAGGAGACAAUCUGCAAAUAAGUGUCAAAGUCGAGAGACCAAACAACAAAACACAAAGGUCGCUAUGGGGAACAAUACGUUCAUCGAUACAUAAUGCAAUUAUAGGGACCAGUGAAGGCCAUUUAUCGAUAGUGAAGUUUGUUGGUACUGGUUACAGAGCUAUAAUUGAGAAGAAUGAAAAGGGAGAGGAUGUAGUUGCGUUGAAAAUUGGGUUCCCAUACACGCCGAAGUUGGUAGUCCCCCCUGGCUUGAAAGUUAGUAGUCCCAACCCAGCUAGAUUAGUCAUUGAAGGCUGUGACAAGCAGCAAGUGAAAUUAUUUGCUUCGUUGAUCAGAGAACACAAGAAACCUGAGCCUUACAAGGGUAAAGGUAUUUUUGUCGAUGGAGAGACAGUUGUGCUUAAAGAGAGAAAUAUCAAGUAG